CAACCAGUGGUCCGCAGAAGCUAAAAUAUGGUCCGCGAAUGGUUCAGAGUUUUUCAUUCAAUAUCCGCCACGCCAUCUAAUUCCAUUGAACACCAAUAACGAAUACCACUUGCGUUCGUGAAUAGAAUGAAUAUAACAGUCAGUACAGAUUUUCUGUUUUACCGGCUCAGUCAAAAGUCAUUCUAUUCUAUAAAAUAAACUAACCUGGGAUUCCCCUGCUUAGCGUGAAUGGAAUGUGACAGAUAAAUUAUAGAAGUGAAUAUAAGAGUGUUGUGUGAGUCAAUAAUUCAUUACAGACCGCUAUUCUUGAGUUUAUUACUUGAAUUUGUUCGUGAAUAAUAAAGAACAUGGCGCCUAAGAGGAAGUAUGACAAUAGUUAUAUGAAAUUUGGAUUUACUUCGAUAGAAAGUAAUGGAGAAAUAAAAUCACAGUGCGUCAUAUGCGCAACCGUUCUCUCGAAUGAAGCGUUGAAACCAGCAAAAUUGAAACGUCACUUAGAAACAGUGCAUCCAAGUUUGUCUGACCGUCCGCUAGAAUUCUCUGAAAGAAAACUAGAGAACCUGAAGAAAAUGAAACUCGGAUCGAGCGGUACGAGAUUUGCAACAUCAGAAAAAUCAUUAGUAGUAUCGUUUCAGAUUUCUAAGUUAAUUGCCCAAUCUAAAAAACCCCACACUGUUGGAGAAACACUCGUAAAACCGUGUUUGAUCAAAGCCGUCGAAGAAGUUUUUGGAUUAGAAGCCAGGAAAAAAAUACAAGAUAUACCUCUGUCCAAUAAUACUGCCAAAGCUCGAAUUGAACUUAUGUCAAAUGAUAUAGAGGAGCAACUUGUUUCAAGAAUAAAAAUUUCGCCAUUUUUCGCCUUGCAGUGUGAUGAAUCGACCGACAUUUCGAAUUGUUGUCAACUUCUUAUAUUUGUUCGAGUUUUGGACGACGACAACAUAAUUAAAGAAAAAUUAUUGAUUUCACGGGAACUGGAAACUACAUCAAAAGGUAUCGACGUCAUGAACUCAAUAUCAGAAUAUUUUGAGAAGCAUAAUCUUAUAUGGGAUAAACUCGUUGGCCUCUGUACUGAUGGUACUCCGGCAAUGUUGGGAUCACGUUCUGGGCUGGCAACAUUAAUAAAAAAGAAGAAUCCGAAGAUAAUAACAACACACUGUAUCAUACAUCGCCAGGUAUUAGCUUCUAAAACUCUUCCUGUGUGCCUCAAUGAUACACUGCAAAUGGCCAUAAAAGUUGUCAAUGUUAUAAAAAGCAGUGCCUUAAAUACACGCCUCUUCAAAAAAUUAUGUACUAAAAUGGACUCUGGCCAUGAGGCACUUCUUUUUCACACAGAAGUUCGAUGGCUAUCAAAAGGUAAUAUGUUGGGAAGAUUAUAUGAAUUAAGAGCAGAGGUUGAGAUUUUUUUGGUUGACAAAAAAAUUAAUGAUUUGUUAAAACUGUGUGAUGCGGCAUGUCAGAUGAAUUUGGCGUAUCUUGUGGAUAUUUUUACACAUUUAAAUAAAUUGAAUAUGCAACUGCAAGGUUCGGGAAAUGGAGAAUUAGAAAACGUCGCCAAUAUAUACAUUUUUGAAGAUAAACUUCUAGGUUUUAUUUGCAAACUUCAGAUGUGGAUGCGUAAAAUUGAAGACAAUAAUUAUUCUGCAUUUGCGACAUUGAAAGCACUUGUGGAAGACACAAAAUAUGAUGAUAGAAGGGCAAAUUUAAAGAAAAACAUCAACACAUUUACAAAUGCUGAUUGAUGAAUUCAAUCGUUACUUCCCAGAAUAUACCACAGAAGCUGAAGUUGAUCAAAAACUGAUCCGUAACCCUUUUAGCACUGACGCUGGAGAAGUAGCGGAAGAAAUUCAGGAAGAACUCAUUCCAAAAUGAUAGAAACUGCAAGGAUGCUUUUGCAUCAAAUUCACUCGAGUUGUUUUGGUGUAAAAAAGCUAUUUCUUAUACCAAACUUCGAGAAAUCGCCUUGCGCUAUUUUAUGGUUUUUUCAACGACGUAUUUGUGU